AAUAAAUCUGAGUUAUCUGACAGACACAAUGGAAGGAGAAGCUAGAGAAGAGAGUGAAGAAGGAUCUGAUUGUAGCCUAUACAAGGAGACUGACCAUAGCCAGAGAUGCUUCAAAGAGAUGGCACAGUUGUGGUACGAGAAGCAAUAUUGUGACGUCCAUCUUAUGAUAGUGGACUCUUUCGACAGUCCGACUAGUGCCAUAUUGGCUCACCGUGUCGUAUUGGCAGCAGUCAUACCAUACUUCAAGGCUAUGUUUGAGAGUCAUAUGAGAGAGAAAGAGGAGAAGGAAAUUACACUGCACAACCUGACACCGACAGCAGUUAAACUGAUAGUUGAAUAUGCUUACACUGGACAGGUCAGAGUAAGUCCUCACACAGCACAGGAUCUUCUAGUAACUGCCGAUAAGUUUGGACUCACUGAAAUUGUCUCUUUCACUGCUCGUUAUAUCUCCAGACAACUCUGCUCAUCAAACUGUCUUGGGAUACGUGAGUUUGCACUACAACAGAGCCUCGUGGAACUACACAAAGAUGCUGCUCAGUUUGUCAUUCAGAACUUCACUGCUGUUUCAAAAGAAGACGAGUUCUUACAGCUCUCACUUGAAAAGAUUGUAGAGCUGGUGAGGAGCGAUGACAUUCGUGUGGAGUCUGAAGAAGACGUUUACCAUGCAGUGACCCUCUGGAUUUAUCAUAACUCAGAAGAGAGAGGGGAACAUGCCGACGUUCUUUAUAAUCAUAUUCGAUUCCCUCUCACUCCCCAACGUUUUCUUGACAACGUAGCAUCAAAGAACCCGUAUCUACAAUCAGCAAAAGGUCAAGUGUAUUUGAAGGAUGCAUACGAGUAUUAUAAGAACCCUGGCGUCACGAUAUUCUCAAAUCCAAAGAAAACCCAACCCAGACAUUCUGUACAGGGCAUUAUAUGUGUGGUGGGUGGAGUAGAUGAUGGAGGGAGCAGUCUAAGUGAUGUAACACUUUACAAUCCUCACAACAAGGAAUGGACAGACGGGCCAAAAAUGAGAUUCAGACGCUCCAGACUAGCAGUAGCACUAUUCCAAGGAGAGCUUUAUGCUGUCGGAGGGCAUGAUUUAGGAUAUUCUCUCACGACUUGUGAGAAGUACUCACCGAGUGAUAGGAUGUGGAAACCAGUCUGUGACCUUGAAACUGCACGACGGAGUCUAGCCCUUGUACCAGUAGGCAACCGGUUGUUUGCAAUGGGUGGGUACACUGGCUCUAUCUACCUCAAGAGUGUUGAAGUGUAUAAUCCAACUGUAGACGAAUGGAGCCCUGGUCCACCAAUGUUAGAGGCUCGUAGUGAACUAGCAGCAGUUCUACUGGACAAUAGGAUAUAUGCUAUUGGUGGCAGUAAUUCCAGUGGAGACUUGAAAUCAGUUGAAGUUUACGAUUUACUCAAUAAGAAGUGGGAGCUGAUUGCCACAAUGGAAAUGCCUAGAACUGGUGGAGCUGCCUGUCUUCUUGGCGAAGAGAUAUUCUUCAGUGGAGGAAUGGGAGGGAAGGAGAUAUACAAUGUAGCCAGUUCCUAUGAUCCUGAGACUGACAUGUGGGAACAGAUAGCUUGUAGAAUGAACGACUGCAGAGUUGGACUAGCUGCAGUAUCAUUGGGUAACAUUGUGUAUGUAUUGGGUGGAUCUAAUGGCUCACGCUAUCUAGAGACAGUUGAGUAUUAUGAUCCUAGUCGAUUGACAUGGCUACAAGGGACUAGCCUUCCCUUCCCUCGUUUUGCUGCUGCAGCUGUCACACUCUCAAGGAAUGAGCUAAUGGAUAGUUGAGUGAGGAAGGAAUUUGAAAUUAAUUUGUCUUUUUCAAUAUUUUUAGUAGUUUAUUUUUUAACAAAUUAUUUUUAAAUUGUUGUCAUUUUUAGUUAUCAUAAUCAUUAUAAUGUAACAAUAGUGUCUAUUUUAUUAUAAUCAUCUGUGCCAAUUUUAUUGC